UGUCACCACUUGUCGCGACGUAUUGAUAGCGACAACUGCACACACUCGUCUUCAGUUGCAGGAUAGGUAUCGUGGCUUGCCCGCGCUACACCUUUGAUAAACAACAACGACUGUGAUACUUUGUUUGCAGUUCUUGACCCUCAGCUCCUCGACAGGAUUUCAACCACCUACGGCGCAUGUUAUAGCCCAUUGACGAACCGAGUUCGAACUCACUUUUGGCGCUCGCGCCUACCAUACUCGAUUACCCCCCCUAAUCGUAGCUUGCGCCUUGUAUUACCAGUGCCCCUCCUCCGUUUCCGUCAACACCUUCUCCUCGACCACGACGCCGACGACGACAACAACAACUCUCUACACUCAAUCUCCUCAGACAACAACAGACACCACAGCUUACCAUGGCGUCCGCCAUUUUCUUUCUAGAUCUCAAGGGCAAGACCCUCCUUGCCCGUAACUACCGCGGUGAUAUUCCCAUGUCGGCCGUCGAAAAGUUCCCUAUUCUAUUAAGCGAAGCCGAAGAAGAGUCGUCCGCCGUACCACCAUGCUUUUCCCACGAGGGUAUCAACUACCUCUACAUCCGCCAUAAUAACCUGUACCUUCUCGCCCUCACAAAACGCAACACCAACGCCGCCGAGAUCCUGCUCUUCCUGCACAAGAUCGUCGAGGUCUUCACCGAGUACUUCAAAGCGUUGGAAGAGGAAUCGAUCCGGGACAACUUCGUCAUCAUCUACGAGCUCCUGGACGAGAUGAUGGAUUUCGGCUACCCGCAAACGACCGAGUCCAAGAUCCUGCAGGAGUACAUCACCCAAGAGUCGCACAAGCUCGAAAUCCAAGCGCGCCCGCCCAUCGCCGUCACCAACGCCGUCUCAUGGCGAUCCGAAGGCAUCCGCUACCGCAAGAACGAAGUGUUCCUCGACGUGAUCGAAUCCCUCAACCUGCUGGUCUCGGCCAACGGCAACGUCUUGCGCUCCGAAAUCCUCGGCGCCAUCAAAAUGAAGUGCUACCUCUCCGGCAUGCCCGAGCUGCGCCUGGGCCUAAACGACAAAGUCAUGUUCGAGACCACGGGGCGCACCACGCGGGGAAAGGCCAUUGAGAUGGAAGACGUCAAGUUCCACCAGUGCGUACGCCUGUCGCGCUUCGAAAACGACCGCACCAUCUCCUUCAUCCCGCCCGACGGCGAGUUCGAGCUCAUGUCGUACCGCUUGAACACCCAAGUCAAACCCCUGAUCUGGGUCGAGUGCGUGGUCGAGUCCCACUCCGGUUCGCGAAUCGAGUACAUGCUCAAAGCGCGCGCGCAGUUCAAGCGCCGCUCGACGGCCAACAACGUGGAGAUCAUUGUGCCGGUCCCCGACGACGCCGACACGCCCCGGUUCCGGACGAACGUGGGGAGCGUGCACUACGCGCCCGAGAAGAGUGCCAUCGUGUGGAAGAUCAAGCAGUUUGGUGGCGGCAAGGAGUUUUUGAUGCGCGCGGAGCUGGGUCUUCCUAGUGUGAGGGGCGACGAUGAGCACGGCGGUGGCAUGACGGGUGGAUUUGGUGGCAGUAUGGGUGGUGUCGGUGCCCCCGGGAAAGGAGCCAAGAGGCCGAUUCAGGUCAAGUUUGAGAUUCCAUAUUUCACCACGAGUGGGAUUCAGGUGCGGUAUUUGAAGAUUACGGAGCCAAAGCUACAAUACCCCUCCUUGCCUUGGGUCAGGUACAUUACGCAGUCAGGAGAUAUCGCCGUCAGAUUGCCCGACGCGGUAUGAACGACGAGGACUUGGAUACGGGCAAGAAGAAGCCUUGUUUUUUUUCUUCAAAACAAACGACAGAUCGUGGAACAGAAAACCUACAAUUUACCUACCAGCUGGGUGGGGCAUGAAAGGGAGCGGCCGCAGAACAGGUAUUAAUUCUGGCUGCCUCAUUGAACACAUUGGCCUGUCCUCAGUCCCUGCCCCCAGGUCGACGAGAUAUGCCCUACCCAGAACGACAUCCCAGGUCGUGGCUCCGAUGUACAGAUGGGGUAAAAGGAGAGAAGAGACUUAUGGCGUAUGUAUAGUAAUGAUGGCCCUGACACGACAUGGAUGGACUAAGUAGAAGGGAGAAGCGGUUGGUUUAUAGGUAGAUGAUGCGUAGGUGCCACACACCGCAACAUGACGUCCAUGUCAAACAAUAUUCGAUAUAAUAUUUCUGCA